AUGCAAGAAAUAAAAUAUCAACCAUUAAAAAGUAAUGAUGAUGGUGAUUCGGUGAUACAAGAAUCUAAUCUAGAUCAGAAUGAAGGAGCUUACUAUUUAAAAGAAUCCAUUUAUGUAAUAAACAAUUUUGAAACAAUAAUUAAUUGGCUGCAAAGUCACAAUGAAACAAAUCGAAAUUAUAAUCAAACGGAUAUAUAUGAAAAUAUCCCCAUCAAUUUAUAUGGAGAGGAUUCAGCAACAACUGCAAUCUAUGAUAAGUUGCACAAAAAAAUAAUACAAGACUCUGCGACGACUACUGAUGAUAUUUUUAUUACUACUGCUACUGAUGCUACUUAUAUUACUAAUGCCAAAGCUGCUACUACUAAUUAUAAUACAAUUACGACAAAGAAAUUAUAUGAAGAUGGAGGAACAAUGGAGAAUAAAAUUAAAACUAAUGAUUAUGGUAAUGUUGAUUUAACAACAACAGCAACAACAUCAAACGAAAUAGCAAUUGAUUUAAAAGAUGAUACAACAAACACAACAACUAUUAAUUUAAAUAGUAAUAACAAUAAUACAACUACAAUAGAAAAACCAAUAACAACAGCAAUAUAUUUAAAUAAUACAAUAAUUACCUCAUUAUUAUUGCAAACUACAGAUAUAACUACUGACCUAACAACAUUUACCGCCAUAACAACAACAACAACGAGGACGCCGAUGACACCACCACCUCUUAAAACCCCAGAUGUAAAAUCUCCUCACCCAGCUGAAGAUAAAAAAUAUUUCAUUAACACCAGUCGCUGUCAUAUACCAUUUGUAGAUCCAUUUACAUCAGAAAUUCGUAAAAUAUUUAAACCUCAACAUAGCACGGGUUGCACCAAAGAUCAGCCAAUUAUUACGGUUACAUUCAAUGAGCUCGAUGCCCAAUAUCUUUUACACAUUAAUUAUACAGUGGCAGAAAUCUUAAGAAAACCUACUAAUAAUACUAACGCAAUAGAGGAGGAUGUAUUGUGUUGCUAUCAAGAAAUAAUACGUAGCGGAAGUGGCGCAAAUGUUGAUGCUAGUUUUAAGUAA